AACCCCGAUAACAAACAAACCUAAGGUGGUGCGGCAUUUUUGGGAACGAAAUGAUGUUAAAGGUGCUAUUAAUGCCAUGAGGAAGCUUCCAGAUCAUUCUGUACAAGCAGAUGUAGCCAGUGUUCUCAUAGAGAAAAUGGAUAUUCUUAACCUAGAUCUAUUUUCUUGUUUGCUUCCUGUGCUUCUUGGCUUACUUGACAGCAAGACUGAAAGGCACACGACGUUGUCUUUGGAGAUACUAUUGAAGCUUGUAGCAGUCUUCGGUCCAGUGAUACGCUCAGCCGUCUCGGCACGACGAAGUGUUGGAGUUGAUCUUCAUGCAGAGCAAAGGCGGGAAUGCUGCAACCGGUGCUCUAUUCAGCUGCAACAGAUCCAGAAGCUCCUUCCAUCACUUGUGAGGAAGGGUGGUUUGGUGGCAAAAAGUGCUCUGGAACUGAGUCUAGUUCUCCAAGAGUCGUAACAAACUCGAGUACCAGAAGCGAAAAAAUGGCAACUUUUGGCUGACAUACAAUGACAAUGUUUUGUGGACCACGGGUUCUGAUCGAGUUAUAGUUUCACAUAUUUCGCAAUUUUGGUCUGAAAUUCCCAUAUCUUAUCGUCAUCUUCGGCUUCUAUUAUUAUCGGAUCGAGAUAUAGCUUUGAAGUUACACUGCGGGAGCAAAGCUUAAGCACCACUACUUAUUGGCGUUAAGCUCUUGAAGAAGAAAAGUGCCAUUACGCAGUUGGCAGAUCUCCUAAUUUUGAUUCUUUGAUUCUGGAGAUUGUUGAUUAAUUGUAUGUAAUCGUGUUCAAGUACAUGUGUAUACUGCAUUGUUUCUUAUAAUGGUAUAUAUAUUAUAUUUUUUCCCCUUCAAAUUUC